CCCUACCCUGGACAGAAUCCUCGGGCAGGGUCCGGACUCGCCGUCACUGUUCUGGCUCCCCAGCUGGGAGUCGCGAGCACGCUCCAGCUGCGAGCCGCGGCGGAUGCCCCACACCUGCCGGAGUCUUUUCUGUCUCCAGCUGGGAGGUCGAGACUCCCCCAAUCCCGGAAGGCUCUGCACACCUGCUGUGACCGUGCCCCGUCUUCCCGCAGCUGCGGGGCUGAGCGCUCCCAUGCCGAGAGGCCUGCAACUAGGGCAGUGGGCCUGAUCACCCCUCAUGCAGAAAGUCCAGGGUGCAGCCAUACCUCCAUGGACCCCAGGGGCAUCUUGAAGGCAUUUCCUAAGCGGAAGAAAAUUCAUGCAGAUCCAUCAUCAAAAGCACUUGUAAAGAUUCCCAAGAAAGAAGAUGGUGAAGGAGCAAGAGAGUGGCUGAGCUCCGUAUGGGCCCACGUUGUGCCCACAGGCAUUGGGCGAGCCCGGGCAGAGCUCUUUGAGAAGCAGAUUGUCCAACACGGCGGCCAGAUACUCCCUGCCCAGGCCCCAGGGGUCACUCACAUUGUGGUGGAUGAUGGCAUGGACUGUGAGCGAGCCCUCCGCCUCCUCAGACUGCCCUGGCUGCCCCCAGGUGCUCAGCUGGUAAAGUCAGCCUGGCUGAGCUUGUGCCUGCAGGAGAAAAGAUUGGUGGACGCAGCAGAAUUCAGGAUCUUCAUCCCGGACAGGUACCUGGCCCAACCGCAGCUCAGUAACUCAGACCAGGACUCUGCUGCUCCUCCUGGAGCCUGUGAGGCUCCGCUCAGGACAGCCUCCUCUCCUCCCCCUGCUCCCACUAGACCUGUAUCUCCUCCCCAGAGAGCAGAAGAGGCUCCAAGCACCCAAGCCCAGCCCAGCUCUGACGAUGGGAGCAGUGAUGGGGAAGAGCCCCGGGUCAGCGCAGAUGAUUUGGAAGCCCUGAUCAGUGGCCGAUACCCCAUCCCCCCUGAGGGAGACGGGAAGCCCAUCCCAGCCCCUGAGGGCCUGGGUAGGUGGGUCUGCGCACAGCCUUCAAGCCAGAAGGCGACCAACCACAACGCCCACAUCACAGAAAAGCUAGAAGUGCUGGCCAAAGCCUACAGCGUGCAGGGGGACAAGUGGAGGGCCCUGGGCUACGCCAAGGCCAUCAAUGCCCUCAAGAGCUUCCACAAGCCUGUUGCCUCCUACCAGGAGGCCUGCAGUAUCCCCGGCAUCGGGAAGCGGAUGGCAGAGAAGAUCACAGAGAUCCUAGAGAGUGGACACCUGCGGAAGUUGGACCACAUCAGCGAUAGCGUGCCUGUCUUGGAACUCUUCUCGAACAUCUGGGGAGCCGGAACCAAGACUGCCCACAUGUGGUACCAUCAGGGUUUCCGGACCCUAGAAGACAUCCGCAGCAAGGCCUCACUGACCGCCCAGCAGGCCAUCGGUCUGAAGCAUUACGAUGACUUUCUGGAGCGCAUUCCCAGGGAGGAGGCCACCGAGAUUGAGCAGACAGUCCGGGCGUCGGCCCAGGCCCUCAACCCUGGGCUGCUCUGUGUGGCUUGUGGCUCCUAUCGACGGGGGAAGGCGACCUGCGGCGACGUCGACGUGCUGCUCACUCACCCCGAUGGCCGGUCUCACAGGGGGAUCUUCAGUCGCCUCCUUGACAGCCUCCGGCAGCGAGGGUUCCUGACGGACGACUUGGUGAGCCAGGAGGAGCACGGCCAGCAGCAGAAGUACCUGGGCGUGUGCCGGCUCCCAGGGCCCGGGCGCCGCCACCGGCGCCUGGACAUCAUCGUUGUGCCCUACGGCGAGUUUGCCUGCGCGCUGCUCUACUUCACCGGCUCUGCCCACUUCAACCGCUCCAUGCGGGCUCUGGCCAAGACCAAGGGCAUGAGCCUGUCGGAGCACGCCCUCAGCGCAGCUGUGGUGCGGGACACCCGCGGUCUCAAGGUGGGGUCUGGCCGUGUGCUUCCCACCCCCACCGAGAAGGAUGUCUUCAGGCUCCUAGGCCUCCCCUACCGCGAGCCAGCCGAGCGGGACUGGUGACCCAGGGCUGGGGCGGAGGGCACGCCCAGCCGGACCCGCUGCCCACCGGCUAUCCAGUGUGUCCUUCUAGCCUCUGCUGGCUGGACCUCGCCACUUCAACCGCCAGCUCCCUGGGCCUGAGGGAGAGGGCCAGCCUGGCUCGCAGGGUCUGCCCACCCUCCCCCGACAGGAGCAGGCUGCUUUCCCCUCUGCUCCACGACUGCCCUGGCAGAGCCCGGUGCAGGCCCCCGUGCUCCGUUCCAAGCAGGAACAGGUGGCUGGUUUGAAGCCAGCUUCCUGUGCUGAAGGCCCGGGCAUCCCCCCUGCUGGCGCUGAGGGGGGUCUAGCUGUUGGAGGCGGGAUGGGGGCCGCAGGGGGAGAGGCAAGCAGCUGUGGCCCAGCACUACCCGUGACCCUUCGGAGCAGGAGAAGGAGCCUCUCUGAGUGCUCCCUCCGCCCACCCCACUUCCUGUGCAGCUGGAGGUGUGGGAGGGGUGCCCCAGGCUCCGUGAGGACAGCGUGUGGAGGCCCAGGGGCCCAGUAAAGUGCACUUGACAUUCAA